AUGGCCGAACUACGCUCGAUCAGCUCCGGUGUCCAGAGACGAGACUUUGCGGCUGCGCCUGCCUCGGCGACCCCUACCAGGGACCCUGCGACGCCACAAUUUCGACGUGGCAACCCUUACGAGUGCCAGUACGAUUAUCAUUUCGAAGAUGGCAACGCUCUUACACUUGCCGUCUUCGAUUGGAGCUGCUUGGAAGUCUUUGAAAGAUUGGCAGGAAUCGAAGACGCUGGGCAAGCUUUCCGGGGUAUCAUGAGGGUGUACGUUGAGAACUGCCUCGACCUUGUGGUUGAUAUGGAUCAGCUCGUGGCGUAUGAGCUCAAUCAGGCACAAGACCAAUGGAUGCUCACCAACGAGUUGGCGGCAGAGUUCUGGUCCGCGUAG